AUGAAGACCAUUUCGAUUUCCGCUGUCGUUCUGGCGACUGCCACCUCUAUCCUUGCUGCACCCAGCCCCAUGGUGCCCGUUCUAGAGCCACUGCAGCUCACAAACCUCAACGCAGCCAUCUACAGCACAAGUCCCCCAACAACCUGUUUCCUCUCCUUUGCUGUCAAAGACCCAAACACAAACACAGACACCAAAUGCUUUGGCUACUGGUCAAUUGGAAUGGCUGGGAACAAAACCUACGACUGUUCCGACAAGGCAUACCAGCUUCAUCUCCCAAACGGAAUCUAUGAUAUUGAAAACAUCGAUUUUGGAGUCUCCCGCGCCGACGGCUCUGAGAGUGGGCAGUCAACUGUGAACGGCGACUUGUGGAAAUGCGAGAAACAGGAAUACCCUAUGGCACAGUGCAAUUGGGAUGGUGUUUUCAGUCUCGAUGUGGCUCCGUCUACUUGA